AGAGAGAUUAUAAAGGUCAUUUUGCUAAACCCUAAAUCCCAUGAUGCUUUGCUUGCAUUGUGCCUGAAUCCCUGCUUGUCAGAAAAAGGAGCAGAAAGCAUUGCAGCAAUGUCAGAAGAAAGGAAGCUUCGGCGGGUUGGGAUCGUGGGUUAUGGAAAUUUAGGUGGUAAUGUUACCAGCUGUUUCUUACUUUUCCAGACUCAUAAAGGGCAGUAUCUGUCAGACAUGAUCCUGAAAGAAGGCUCCCAUUUUAACCUGGAAUUGGCCUUUGUAUGGAACAGAAGAUCAGAGAAGAUGGAAAAUAAUAUUCCCGCAGACCUUCAGUUGGAAGACUUAAACCAGUUCAAAGAAAAGCAUGCAGAUCUUAUUGUAGAGGUUGCCCAUCCUCAGACAGUGAAGGAAUAUGGUGAAGAAUUCCUACGAUAUGCAGAUUUCAUGGUUGGUUCUCCCACAGCUUUUGCAGAACUGGAAACAGAAACAAGGCUUCGAAAAGCUGCAGAGACCUCAGGAAAGACAUUGUACAUUCCAAGUGGAGCCCUAUGGGGAGCACACGACAUUCAGAAAAUGGCUGACAGAAAGACUUUAAAGUAUCUGAAAGUGACAAUGACAAAACACCCAGACAGCUUCAAGCUGGAAGACCCAAUCAAAGAAUUAAAUGAGAAGGCCAGAGAAAAAAGGACAGUCCUUUACAAUGGGUCAGUGCGUAGUCUCUGUUCUCUAGCACCAAAUAAUGUUAACACCAUGGCGGCUGCAGCGAUGGCUGCGCACAACUUGGGCUUUGAUAAUGUGCAUGGCUGCCUAGUGGCAGAUCCCAGCCUUCCCGACUGGCAUAUCGUAGACAUUGAAGUAACAGGCCCAACAGAUGAAAAGACUGGUCAAAUCUUUACUGUGAAAACAACUCGACAAAAUCCAGCUUCCCCAGCAGCAGUUACUGGCAAAGCAACUUAUGGUUCCUUCUGGAGCAGUCUGCUAUUGUGUAAAGGCCAUGGAGGGCGAGUUUUUCUCUGCUGACAACUGCAAAAAAGGGCAAUUAUCUGCUUCCAACAAUAAAAAUCAGAAGGUUCUGUUACUUUUGCUUUAUGAGAAUGCCUUCAUGCUUUCAAAAUGCAAACUGUGGGAGAAUAAAGAGCUGUGGCUCUGUGAUGUUCUUUAUAGUUUUAUGGCUUCAAAUAUGUAGAAAACAUCUACAGUCUGCAUGAAAAUCUGUCUCCUCAGCAGCUAUAAAUGCUUGCCUAAUUUGUUUUAAUUUACUCAAUAAAGCUUAUUUUAUAUAAAUAUUAAUGAAA